UCGAAGACAUAACUUCUAGGAAGUAGUAAAACAAAAUUGGUUGAGUCUAAACCCAAAUUCUUGACAAAUAAGAUAAGAAAUAUAUGUUGUUAAAGAUCAAUUUUAUGACGUUAGAGUGUUAUUGGGAACUUUCCAUGCAAGAAUAAACAGCGUAGAAACAUGUGAAAUGGAGUGUAAAACUCUCAACAGAGUAUGCUUCUUUUAUGGUUUUUCGUUUCUUACAUUUUAUUAUUAAUAUUGUAGAGUUUUACAAAGAAUAAAACCACGUACGUGAUUAAUCACUGGCUUUAAAAAAUGAUAAUAUAUUGAUAUGUUUUUAAGAAGUCAUGUGUGCAUCCUUAAUUACGUUUAUGAAAGAGUAAAUAGUAUUCCAAGAUUUCAAAAAAAAAAAAAAAACUAUUUGCAUGGGGAUAAACAUCUCUAUAAAUAUGUGCAUGUGGAAGAGCGAAGAGCAGAGAGUAUCUAUAUAUCUAUCCUGUUUUCCUCACUACUCUCUAAUGGCUAACGUAAAGCUUCUUUAUCAUUACCUCAUUACCCACUUUUUCAAGCUCUGGUUAGUCCCGUUACUAGCACUUGUAGCCAUUAAAGCGUCAAGCCUAAACCAUGAAGAUAUCCAAAAUAUUUGGUUCUAUCUCCAACACAACAUCGUAACCCUAACCAUUCUCUCUGCGGUUCUCACUUUCGGGUCAGCCAUCUACUUCGUGACCCGACCUAGACCCGUUUACCUCGUCGACUACUCGUGCCAUCUCCCGCCUCCACAUCAAAAGGUCACUGUCCAAAAGAUCGUAGAUAAUAUCAACAAGAUUCGAGAACUGUCUAAGAGAUUAAUAGUGGCUGAGGAGCACUCUUUGGACUUCUUUUUUAGGAUUCUAGAACGUUCCGGUCUCGGGGAAGAGACUUACGUACCAGAUGCACUUUUAAAUAUCCCACCUCUUCAGACCAUGGCGGCUGCACGUGAGGAGACAGAACAAGUCAUCUUCGAUGCCAUUGACAACCUCUUAGCCAACACCAAAGUCAACACACGCGAUAUCGGUAUAAUCAUCGUGAACUCGAGCAUGUUUAAUCCGACUCCUUCGCUCUCAGCGAUGGUAGUGAACAAGUACAAGCUUAGGAGCAACAUCAAAAGCUUCAAUCUUGGCGGUAUGGGUUGCAGCGCUGGUGUCAUAGCCAUCGAUCUUGCUAAGGACUUGUUGCAAGUUCAUAAGAACACUUAUGCUCUUGUGGUGAGCACAGAGAAUCUCAGCCGCAGCAUGUACAUUGGUAAUAACAGAUCUAUGGUUGUCUCCAACUGCUUGUUCCGUGUUGGUGGAGCCGCGAUCUUGCUCUCUAACAAGUCAGGAGACCGAAGACGUUCCAAGUACAAGCUACUUCACACGGUCAGGACACAUACUGGAGCUGAUGACAAAUCUUUUAGAUGUGUGCAGCAAGAAGAUGAUGAGACGGGCAAAACCGGAGUCUCGCUGACCAAAGAUAUAACCUCUGUGGCUUCCAGAACCAUUACCAAAAACAUCGCCACUUUGGGUCCUUUGGUUCUUCCGGUAAGCGAAAAGAUUCUCUUUCUAAUGACUUAUAUCCACAAGAAGUUCUUUAACAACAAGAUAAAGCAUUAUGUCCCUGACUUCAAGCAAGCCAUUGAUCAUUUCUGUAUCCACGCGGGUGGGAGAGCUCUGAUCGAUGAGCUAGAGAAGAACUUGGGGCUAUUGCCGAUAGAUGUGGAGCCGUCAAGAUCAACUUUGCAUAGGUUUGGUAACACUUCUUCGAGCUCUAUUUGGUAUGAGUUAGCUUAUACAGAGGCCAAAGGUAGGAUGAAGAAAGGGAACAAAGCUUGGCAGAUUGCUUUAGGUUCAGGGUUUAAGUGUAACAGUGCCGUUUGGGUGGCUCUACGCAAUGUCAAGCCCUCGGUUAACAGUCCUUGGGAACAUUGUGUUGCCAAGUACCCGGUUAAGCUUGAUUUUUAACUCUUUCACGAGUUAAUAUGGCUGAUCUCCAAAAUGCAUGAUGUUCGUUUCAAAUUCAUAUAUCAAUCCUCUAUUUGUUUGUAUUUCUAUAUAAUUUUAUGGUGUGAUUAUGUUCUCUGUUUCGGUUAUUAAUAAAAGACUUCAUUUGUCUUA